GUUAUGGAACAGAGUAACCAGUGGCGCUUUGAAUAUGAUGCAGCAGGGAGUUCAGAAGCCCUAAGGCCUGAGGAGCGAAAGCUGUUUCUCAUCCCGACCAUUCUUGCUUUUAUGAAUCAGAGUCUCCUUCCUGAUGAUAGAAAGUCGGAGGAUGCUGGAUGGGUGGGAUCCUAAAUAAUGCUAAGAGCCUCUGUGCGCAGCGCUCCUGAUAAACGUCCCCCAUGGAUGGUCGGGAGACCUCUACCAUCCCUAAAUAGUCAUUUAAAAGUGUGCUACCGAAGGGUCUCAUCCUGAAACGUUGACUGUACGCUUUUCCAUAGACGCUGCCUGGCCUGCUGAGUUCCGCCAGCAUUUUGUGUGUGUCUAUUUAAAAGUGGGACUGAUUCGGAACAUCUGUUGAUAACAUAAAGGGCAGAACAUGUGGAACUACUUUCAAAGAACAUAGAACAGUUCAGUACAGAACGGGCCUCUCUGUACACAAGGUUGUGUCAACCUGUAUAAACUUACUCCAUGAUCAAUGUAACCCCCCACCCUUACUCAACCUGUAACCGGGCAAAGAGCAGGAAAAGCCUCACUGGGCUGAAUAGCCUUUUAUGAGGAUUGAUCAGAUGAAGCACUGCACCCCCUCUGUGAGCCGGUAAAGAGCAGUGGUGGAUUACGGCAGACAACUGGGUGGUGACGUUUGCACUAUUGAUGAAUAACAUUCUGGAUUUUCUCUGCUUACUUUCAAAAUCAAAAGAGCCAGAGACAAUAGCUGAAAAUCCUGUCUUUGCUCCAUUAUGUGAGGUCACCCACAGCGCAGAGAAUGCACACAGGGUUUGGACUGAGAGAUGGCAGCCAAGCACUGACGGGGGCCUGUAACCUGGGCGAUGCAGGCAGUCCAUGAGUUCUGAGUUGCAGCUGCACAGCUUCAGGAUGCCAAACAUUGGGUUCCAGAACCUUCCGCUCAAUAUUUACAUUGUGGUUUUCGGGACAGCAAUCUUCGUCUUCAUUCUCAGUUUAUUGUUCUGCUGUUACUUAAUCAGGUUACGGCAUCAAGCACACAAGGAGCUAUACGCCUAUAAGCAGGUCAUACUGAAAGAGAAAGUAAAAGAACUCAACUUACAUGAGAUUUGUGCUGUCUGCUUGGAGGAGUUCAAGUCAAAGGACGAGCUGGGAAUCUGCCCGUGCAAGCAUGCAUUUCACAGAAAGUGCCUGAUCAAGUGGCUGGAGGUGAGAAAGGUUUGCCCACUUUGCAACACUCCCGUCCUGCAAAAUGAACAGGAGCCAGGAACUGUGAACGGAACAGACAAUCUUGUGUGACCCCCCCCCCCCCCCCAACUGAGCAACGCACGAGAAGGGUUUACUAUAUAUUUUUUGUCAUUACUAUUGGUUAUUUUGUUUUUUGUUUCUAUUUUUGUGUCUGUGAUGGAGCUGAUCCACAAGACGGUAACGAAGGCAGCGUCUGCCUGGAAGAGAAUGCAGUCAGCCGGUGUUGGGGGCAGACUGGCAAAUCAACGCGAGCCAAAGCACUUUUGUCGUUGGAUCGGCCGUGAAUCGCUGCCUGACCUGCCUUAAUGAUGCAGUGGUCACACUGACUUGAGCUAUUUGCAAUGGGGCACUUUACACUGACUCCUUCCUCCUUCUGAAUGUUGACGGUCACGGGUACAGCGGGGCAGGGUCGGAAGUGUAUGGCGGCGGGGGACCUGUCUUACUUGCAAGCUGCGCCAAGUUCAGCAGGCAAUUUUAAUGGAAUGACAGAUCAAGGAAACAGAUAAUGUUGUCUGAGGAAGAAACUUCGCCUACGUGCAGAGCUCAAAGAUCUGAACUUGAACCCGGGCCGUUAGCUAGGAACGGCAGCCGGAUCCCCAGAGAGCAAUUCUUCCCCUGUGCCUAACAUCGUGCGCCCACACCUGGCCGCCUCUCUCCUCCCCAACCAGAACACGGAAACCCUGGGGGAGAUGGGUUGCUAGAGCUUGUGUGGAGGAGAGGGUUUGGACAGGAAGGUCAAACCUGAACGCCGAACAUUACCAAUUUAGCUGGACGACUGACAGCUCGCUCGGAGAGUUUCUUUGCUAAAACAAAACGGAUUUUUGUACAAUGGACUAAUUGUUUCUGAUACUCUUUAUGUGGGGCUGGUCUAAGGCUGAAACUUGACGGUUGGGGGGGGGGGAUGGAAAGUGGGCGACAGUGAGAUUCUGAGUAGACCAUGAUAUAAUUAGGUUUAAAAUGUUAUUUAUAGUAUUUUUAACGGAUGUUAGUAAUGGAAUGAAACGCAGAUGGCGGAGGAGGGGAGGGAUGCUGGAAAAGGCUGCCAGCACGGGGUGAAAUCCCUCUCUUUAGUAACCAAGGUGACUGAGCAGUGCAGUAGAGCAGCAAAAUUCUCCAGCAACCCCUCUGUUGGGGAGUGGGAGGAGGCCUCCCCUGAUCACUCGACAAACAGCCAUUUCCCCACAUGCUGUUCUCUUCCCCCCACCCCCACGGCAAAGCACUACAUUGACGGCGUCUCCGCGGCGAUUGCAGAGCCGCUGCGGGGCAGGUGCAUACUGCAACCCCGCGGACGUUCCCUGUCCUAUCUGAGCCCCGGGCCUUUAAAUAAAAUGUCUCGGAAAGGAGUGAGUCUGUACGCUGCAGAACAGCGUUGACUUCCCUCCUUUCGUUGAGCCCCCUGCCUCAGUGGUGUACUGUCGCAAACCCUUUCCACCUUGUCCGUCCACGGUCGCACUGAGAAUGCCAGGCUCCAGGUCUCUUUAGCUACUCAGCCAAUUAUUUUCAACUGCCCACCCCGGACUCACGGAACCAUUUGCAUGUUAUGGUGCAGGACGCAGUCACGGACUCACUCCGCUCAUCCCCAGUUUCUAUGGAGACACGGGAGACUAUAACGGUUCUGAUUCAGGGCUGCAACCCAACACGGUAACAACCCCUCACUCCUCCGCCCACACCCAGAUGCUGCUCGCCCAGCCAAGUCCCCCCAGCAGAUUGCUGCAAAUUUUCUGUCCCUAAAAUAUCAAGCCCUGGAGUGCAUGGUCUCUGAACUACCGCGGACCCAGAACGUUAGGUGUGCGUGUAAUGAGAUGACAACAGCUGUGAACACAGCCUAUUAUUGAAUUAAUGGAAUUGUUGCAUCCAGUCCAUCAAGUGUGCGCUAGCUCCUUAUAGAGUUUACAGUCCCAACCCCUUUCUUCCCCACUGACUUUACUCUCAGAAAUGCAUUUCCAAUACUCUAUUGCCUGUGCCACCGGCUUAGCAGGGGAAUCCCAGAUCCUCUCCGCACUCCAAGCCAAAGUGCUUUCAGACCACAAAUUUUAUUAGCAGAUUUAGGCCUUUCAGCCUAUCAAGUAGGUAUACAAAAUUAUGAGGGGUAAAUAGGGUAAAUACUAGCGGGGUUUUCCACUCAGCUUGGGUGAGACUAGAACUGGAGAUCAUGGGUUAAGUGUGAAAAUCGAAAUGUUUAACACAAAGUUUCCCAGAGCGUGGUGGGAUUAUGCAAAGGAGCUGCCUGAGGAAAUGGUGGAUGUGGUUUCAAUUUCACAGUUUAAGAGAGUCUAGAUAAGUACAUGGAUUGGAUGGGUAUGGAGGCCUAUGGUCAGGUGCAGGUCGACAGGACUAAGCAGAAUAACAGUUCAGAAUGGUCUAGAUGGGCUGAACUGCCUGUGUCUGUGACCAUGACUGACUUUUUAAACACCAUUUCCCACCACCUUCCUCUAACCCUUAACCCCUUUACCAAUCAGAACUAUCAAUCUCUACUCUGUUAUAACUUUUGUCCAACUUUUAAAAUCAGCUCUUUGAACCAUCAGCUUAAUGGGUGAUGUUCCUUCUGCUAACCCUGCCUUCGUAUCCUACUCACAUCUACUCUCAGUCUUCCAUUCUUCAAGGAGAACGUCUGUUGGAGAGUGGCCAUUUUAAUCCAGUUGGUGAGUGGAAGAUUCAAAUAUGGGGAACUGUGUGAAUAUGGAGAUAUGCAAUGGAGAGUAGGAUCAGACUGGCAUUGCUUCCAUUCCAGAUACUGGUUUACUAUUGUCAUAUGCACAGUGAAAAGUCUGUCUUGCAUACUGUUCAUACCGAUCAGAUCAUUACUCAGUGCAUUGGCUGAGAACAAGAUAAAGCAAUAACAAUGAGAAUAAAGUGUAAUAGCUACAGAGAAAGUGCAGUACAGGUAAACAAUAAAGUCCACAAUCAUAAUGAGGUAGAUUGUGAGGUCAAGAGUCCACCUUGAUGUAGUAGGGAACAGUUCAAUAGUUUUAUCAUAGCGGUUUAGAAGCUGUCCUUGUCCAUGGUGGUAUGUGCUUUCAGGCUUUUGUAUCUUCAGCCCGAUGGGAGGGGGAGAAGAGGGAACACUGCAAGGGGAAGGAUGUGUGUGUGCAAAACAGUUAUUAGCCCUGCGACCUUUAUAGAGUCAUGGAGAGGCACACACCCACAGGGUAAGUGGGCAGGAAGACCACUGUUCAGCCUACCAGACUAACCUUCUGUCCAUCGAUGUAAUCCCAUUUAUCCGCUUUAGGAUCAUCUCCGGAUCCUUGAAUUUCCAUCCUUUAAUUUUGCAUUCUGUUGCUAGCCUGUGUUUGCGAGCCGCUAGUUUAACAAGUUUCAAACUGCUUGAUGUGAAACCAGAAUCAGGGUAGAUCUGCCCCUUCUCCAUGCAGAGAUAAUUCCAUUGAUAAGUGGAGCUGUAGGGAUCAGGUAUGAUGAAUGAAGAGAUAGCAACUUCCAGGUGCAAUUUUUAAACAAUUUAUCUACCUGUUCCCCUUAGUAUCCAGACUCCCUUGCAAAGAAUAAUCUUAGAUGCAUUGAAGUCAAAACUGAGCUGGAUAAUGAUGCCUUCCUCGUUUGUGCCCACUUACCAUAUGGGAGCUAACCUGCUUAACGUAGCUAACAGCCCAGCCGCCAAACCCCACAGUGGCUGAAAGGCCUUGUAGGAUGUGGAGAGGAUUUUUCCUAUCAGUAGUCUAGGACUGGAGGGCACACCUUAAAAAAGAGGGGUGUCCCUUUAGAGAUGAGGAGGAAAUUCUUUAGCCAGUGGGUAGUGAAUCUAUGGAAUUCAUUGCCAUAGAAGGCACUGGUGGCCAAGUUUUUGAGUAUAUUUAAAGUGGAGGUUGAUAGGUUCUUAAUUAGUAAGAAUGUCUAAGAUGGACUCACUAAAUUAUGUCUUUGUGUGGCAUUCACAGCCUAUCAUGUUGUCCAGUACUCUCCCUUCUCUUUGCACUUCAGGAGAUGCUACUGGAAAUGUUCUCCAGCACUUGUGAUACCACUUCCCCCAGCCCCAGGUUCAACAGAGGAAUUCAGAAGAACUCCUGCAAGGCUCUUGCUGCUUGUCAGCUGCCCAAACUGACGUACGGCCUUGGGCAGUGAGCCCCAGAGGUGAGACCACACCAUACCCCUUUGUGGAGCCUUCCACAAGAAAGGUCACUGUUAACCUUGACAGAUCUCCCCACAAGUCAAUCACUGCCUCAGGUUUACUCAGUCCUGUCGAGUUAGAAGGAAUAAGGAGAGUGAGAUCAUUAUAUUAAACUAAUCCAAAUAGAACACUUCCUGGCUUGAUGUACCUUAAAAUGUGGAGACAUCUGAACCUGGCUCCCACAGUUUCCUAAAGGAUGAGUUCCCAGUCUCUGUUGAGCCUGAAGAGAAAUGGGAAGUAGAUGGAGACCAUAAGGAGAUGGGUAUUUGAAGACUCACAUCUUCAGAAACCAUGUACAUUCUUCCUACUGAGCCAUUAUUGGAACAUAGUUGACCAGGGUCUAACAGCCUGUUGUUUUGAGUUGAAGCCUGAUGAAAAAGGGUACAAAUGUGAAGAACUCAAAAUAGGCAAUUGGAUGAAGGUAUUGAGAACUGCAGUUACAAAGGAGUGACUGGAAUACUUAAAGACUGUAGCUAAAGUGUGAGGCUUAGCAAAUGCUCCCAUCUCAGCUGAAGAACAAAGGCAGCACAUAGGCCUGUGACAAAUCAACAAAUCUAACAAACGGGGAUUUAAUUUUUACGUAAAUCAUGCAACAUCAGGUGACAAAUGGCAGUUCCUGAGCAGUAACUUACAUUAUGAAUACUGACAGAAGCUUGCCCCAACGGCGCAGAAGAUUGCAUGAUGGUUCGAACAAUGUGCCAAACAUUGUGCUCGACCUGAAAAGAAGCAUUUGAUCCAGUGUCAUUUUUAUGGCGGGCCACUACACUGUGUUGAAAUGAUGGGUAACUCAACUUGGGAAAGUAACAACGGCACCCUGCUUUGGUUAGGGUUUUCAUUCAAAGCCUUUGCUUCACAAAUAUCCAGGGUAUUUCUGAGAAAUUUAACUACGCCUGCUUCAUAGUUGUACAGAUGAGUUUUCAUCCAGUGGUCGUUGUUUACUCUCUCCCUCUCUGACCAGAUGUUGAGUUUCCCCAUGUUUAAGUCACAAGAGUGUUCACUUAAAUUUAUUAUCAAAGUACAUGUAUGUCACCAUAUACUGCCCUGAGGUUCAUUUACUUGUGGGCAUUCACCGUAGAACAAAGAAAUAAAAUAGAAUCACUCCACGGGUCUUAUGUGGAGAUACCAGUUAAGUGACAUUGAUUAAGGUUUACAUAUACCUGAAUCAGACUAUUGGGACUUUGGUAACCGAUGGGAUGUACAAACCUCAAGCUACCCCAGGUUUCUGAAAGAAAGGCUUUGAAUGAAGUUCAUCUUAAUAAAAACUGAGCGUACAGUGAGAGGGUUACCAACAGCAUAUGAUCCCAAAAUCAAAAUCACAGCCUUUGUGUUGCCUUCCAUGCUGAAUUUAUUUAUUUAUUUUUCAUUUACUUAGGAAUAAAGCACAGAAAUGGGCCCCUUCUAGCCUGUCCAUUUACACCCAUGUGACCAAUUAACCUACUUAUCCUUUAGAGUGUGGGAAGAGACCAGAGCACCCAGAGGAAACCCACGUUCACGGGGAGAACAUAUAGUACAAACUUCUUGCAGUGGCUGGAAUUGAACCCAGACCCCUGCCCCAAUUCACCCCUCCUGAAUCUGUACAACUACCACGGGAAGGAAUUAAAUGUAAUUUUUUCCCUAGGAAAUGUAUUAAUGCAACUGUUAUUCCAGUCGGAUUUUCAUUGUUGGCACCACUCCCCCCCCCCCGCACCCCCCCAGCUGCCAGCUGAACUGAAUCAUUCUUUCUUGAAAUUAUUUGAAGUGUUGGGACAUGGGAGCAAUGCUUUCUUGCUCUGUCUCUGUGACCCCUGACUCCAGCUAUGGUCCAGCCCCCUCUAAGCACUAGGCAUCAGUUGUCCAAACUGAACAACUUCUCAUUUACCCAGUGAGUGGGUAAACGUUGCUUCUUCAUUACUGAUGAUGUAUAUAUUUACCUAUAAUCUGUUAAUAUACUUACAACAUUCUUUCUUGAAAGGCUACCAAAGCUGACUGUGUUACAAAAUCUUUCUUUUUUCAUUUUUGUUUAUAUUUUUUAUUCUACAAAGAAACUCAGUGUUAGACAUUGAAUAGGGAGCUCUGUGUUGUAGAAUAGGGAGAACAAAGUGGCCUUUUCAUUGGACCUCACAGCUUCUGGUCUUUGUAUUAGAGUUCACGUGGCUCAGAGUUGAGUAGAAGUGAGCAUUUUAUGAGUAAACACACAAGGCAUAUUCAUCAUCCUGCAGUGCAGAUGUUGAGAUGUAGUUGGUCAGACCAAGACUUUGUUCCUGACUGCAGUAUUUAGUGGUUACAUUCCCUUCCCCUCUCACUUUCAGUCACUACACCUGUCCACUCCUCCCCCACCAUAGAUUAUCGUACAAAAUUAGGCCACUUGGUCCAUCGAGUCUUCUCCACCAUUCAAUCCAGCCCUAUUGUUUCCCAAACCCAUUGUCAUGCUUUCUCCCGGUUGCCCUUAACCCGUUUACCAAUCUCAAACCUAUCAAACUCUGCCUUGAUUAUAUAGCUCCCUGUGGCAAUAAAGUCACCACCUUAUGGUUGAAAGAAUUCCUCCUUAUCUCCAUUUUAAAGGGAUAUCCUUUUAUUCUGGGGCUGUGCUUUCUGAUUCUAAACUCUUCGACUAAUGGAAACACCCUCUCCACAUCCACUUUGUCCAGGCUUUUCAAUCCAAUAGGAUUUAGUUGGAUUUCCACGCACACUCCCCCACAUCUCAGCCCAAAAUGUCGACAGUUUAUUUCUAUCAGUAGAUAGUGCCUGGCCUGUUGAAUUCUUCCAGCAUUUUGUUUGUGUUUUGCUCUGGAUUUCCAGCAUCUGCAGAAUCGCACAUGUAUUUGGGAGGAAAUAAGUAAUCUCAGUCUUCACUGCAGAGAUCUGCUUGAAUAAAGAUUGGUGCUUAAUCUACUGGGGUUUUCUGCUCUCUGUUCACUUGUCCUUUGUCUCUUAGCUCUUCCCUUCUACUUUACAGUCAGUUCUUUCGUUCUCUUCUUCUCUCCUCUCCAAUCUGCCAUCUCGUUCUAAUCAGCCUAGUGCUUUUAUGACACAGUUCAGACAUGGUCAAUGGAAGCAGUUUGAAGGUGUAAUGAAGGCCACUUUAAAUAGUCCACUAUUAAAGGUUUAGCUUAUAAUGAGUGAAGAUGUGGAUUUCUAAAUGUUUUGGACAGAAGAGGUCAACUUCUAAAAACCGAAUAUGUCUGUUCUUUCAGUAGCAACGUAACCUUGAGCAGAUGCUAUGAUCUUCUUGUGGGUGGCCUUCUAUUGAUACCAUGUAAUAAAGUUUAUGGAACAAAGCAUAUUGGUUUCAUAGACAUGUUUAUAUAAGAAUUCUGCAGCAGAAUAUAUUUUAAAACAUUGCUAUUUGUAAGCUAUAUUUUUGUAUAUUUAAUUGCUAUUUUAAAAUUUGGAUGGCUUUUGUUUUGCUAAUUAAUUGCAUUGUAUUUCAGAAUAUUUGCAUGUAAUUUGACUGGAAUUGUAAAUAAAUAAGAGGUUUCAGAAAUGACGGGUGUG